AUGGCCGAGUCCGAUCUUCUGCACUAUUAUAGGGAACUCAAACAGUUUCUAGACAUCUCGGACGAUUCGUCGUCACGAGCCAAGUCUAACUCGUCGCGAGCACAGCGGGCCAGAGAAAAGCUUCUUAAGUUAUCGCUGGCUCAGUUUCGUGAGUUGAGCACCGAUGUUUACGACGAGUUACGUCGAAGAAUCGAUGAGCUGCGCUCGGAGCCAGACUUUUUGCUUCCCAAGCUGACUUUCCACCCAAAACGAAACCAGGCAAGACAAAAAUUGUCGCUGUUACCCCAACUGCGCUUCAAGGACUUGGUGUCAGACAUCAGCUUCGAGAUCGAGCGCAGAAACUUGCACUUGCCAGAACAAAAAACCUCUACCAACAACGCUGCCACGAGCAACUCCAACACUACUUCCCACUCACGUUCGCAGUCGCUGGCAUCGGGCAUUUCCGCGCCUCAGUAUCCAUCUCACUCCGUUUCACAUUCCCGAUCGGCGUCUGGAGCCGUUCCCACCACUGCUGUGCCGGAAUCUUAUCAAACACCUGCGACUUUAAAGACGAAUGUAGAGUCCGAGCCAGAGCAGUACCAGCCACGUGAGGUGGAUGAAAAACCGUCUGAAGUGGCCAAUGGCAGCUUCGCCGAAAUGCGUGACGAAUUAGCUACUCCUGACUUGAAGCAGACUCCAGUGCCUCAGAAGUCUAUUGGAAUCCAAUCCAACACUGUGAUCCCCACCAAAGCCAACUUAGCAUGGCUGAGUGAUGAGGAGAGCGACGACGACCUUAACAACGGACCUGACGAAUCUCAGCCACGUAGACUCUCAUUGGGUAACUUAGGCAAGAAUGUUGCCGGUAGUGAAUCUCUUAAAACUGAGGAGUCACAUCUCGUUCCAGGUACCGAUAUUCUGUCUACUGCAGGUCUUUCGGCAGGCUCUAAGGCUGCUGCCGGUGCCCUUUUGGGUGGUGCAGUGGCCGCUGGAGCUGUUGGCCUCGGUUCCAAUUCUGUGGGCCCCACAUCGACAGAUGCUGAGAAUUCAGAGCAGGUUGAUAAACUCAAGGCUGAAAACGAGAAAUACAUCAAGGAUAUCGAGAGUAACAAGGCUGAAAAGGUGAAAUUGUUGGAAGAACUUGAGACAAUUAAGACUGAAAAGGAAAAUAACUUUGACCAACUUCAGACCAGCAAGGCCGAGAUUUCGAAAUUGUCCGAAGAAGUUGUUACUGCAAAAGCCGAAAUCGAUAGAUUGGUCAAUGAAUCUGAAACUCUCAAAACUCAACUAGAUAAGUUGCAAAAGACCAACUUGGACCUUCAGAACCAGUACACCUCACUUGAAAAGUCUCACGGAGAAGUCUUAACUGAGAGAGCUCAAUUGAACGAUCAGGUUCAAGAGCAAGCAAAGAAUAGAGAUGGCUUGCCUGAUCCAGAGCAACUUGCACUUGUACAGCGCGAGCUCGAAUCGGUUAAGGCUGCCUCUGCAGCAUUGCGCUUAGAGAACCAGUCCUUGAAGGCUUCCCAGAAGGAGUUUAAGAGAGCCUCUAGAGAUUUGUCUCUGAAGGAUGUCAAUUCGAGCCCUAGAGCUGUUCGUGUUACCCCUGCCAAGGAGGUUGAAUCGCCUCGCGAUAUAAACACAGAGUUGAAGCUGUUCUAUUCGAAGUUAGAUCUGCUUGCUUCCCCGAAACCAUUAUCUGCUAGCAAAGAGGAGGCUUUGCGAUCCGAGGCGGUACAGUGGAGAACGAGAUAUGAGAAUAUCCAGGCUGGAAAGCUGGCCAAGGCAUUGCGUGACUUCAAGCAGCCUGAUUUGCAAAGCUAUGUUUUGCCCAAUGGUUUGGUCUCCUUGAAAGAUGGAACCACUUUCUUUGCAUUGAUCGAUUCCUUCCUCCUUAGCAUAAACGAUGCAGUUUUGGACAACGAUACUCUCUUCGAGAAGAUCUCCAACAUUGCGAUCUUGUCCAACAAAAUUACCCUGGUUGGCGAGAACAGCAUUUUGUCUAACAACGAUUCCUCUGAGGCGGUCCGUCAAGCAACCACCCAUGCCUUGACAGCCACAAGAUAUCUUGCAACGUACCCAAUGUUUCUUCCUAAGAUUGUUGUUGAGCGUGCUGUGUCCCAGGUAGCUUUUACCAUGUGUGAUUACUUGUCUGUCUCCAAAUUAUAUCUGGGAUCUUCUAGUGAUGCCGAUAGAAGUUUAGCAGGUCUGGGAAUCAGCCCGAUCGUGGAGGAUGAUGUACACGUCAGACCAUUGAAGAUUGGAAGUAAGAUGAACUCUACCAUAAAUUUUGAUACAUUCAAGGAAGACGAAGCCAAGGCUACAUCUCUGGGCGUAUCCCGAGACGAAAUUGACGAUGCUGCGACAAUUCCUGGCGACUUCCAGGAUGCUCUUUCCGAAUCACUGCCUAUUCUCAACAAUGUGGAAGAUCCUGGCGAUUCCCAACCUGUGGACAUACAGCCUCUUAAUUCGCCACCUCUUGGCUCCGAGGAGGCUGGCUUCCAGCAUGCCGAGAAAGAAGUUUCAUUGCCAACUACUCAUACAUCAACACAUCCCAAAAAAUUAUCCUUAUUCGAGAGAAUCCUGAAUUCGAAAGUCUUGGGUGCUGACAAGAACACCCCAGCUGAGGAUCUUCCAACCGACCCCAUGAACGACAACAUGAAGGAGAAUAUCGUUCCAAACUCCGAGUCCCCAGCUGGUAAGUCCACCUCAACUUUCCAAGGAAUUCAAAAUGCAUCUAGAUCUCCUGUUUCACCUAAGAAGUCUUCCAUUUUGGAAAGAGUCAAACAAUUUGAGAGUCCACCAAGUGGUAAGUCCAGCCCCAGGGCCGCCACAAAAGAGUCCCCCUCUGUUUCUGUAAAGUCAGCUCGUGCUUUGUUUUCCAAGGAGCCAGCUUCUUCUGAUUUUAAGACUAUGAUCGCUGAAUCUCCCGAGGCUAAACUGACCAAGGCAUCUGAAGCUGACACCUCUGCUACUCCUACUAGAUCCAGAAGUAUCUUCCAGAGUCUCAGAGAGAGAUUUACUCACGACAACUCUGCAAAGGAGGCUGACACGUCUAGAGACGCUGAUAUAUCCAAAAAUGUUGACGUCGACAUUUCUAGAGAUGAUGUCGCUGUUUCCAAGGAUGUUGAUCUGGAACCAUUAAUCGAGUCUCCAUCACAAGUUAAAGAGAGAUCUCUUUCUAACAUCCCUGUGAGCGCAGCCUUGGAGAAGGAGGUGGAGAGUACGCCAUUGCCGUUCGACAAGAAUGAGAAUGAACCCGAGACUACUACCAAGGUCGAGGUUCCACUUCCGAAGUUUGUUGGAGGUGCAGCAGCGGCAGCAGUCUCCAAGGCAACUUCUUCAAAGUCGCCAGUGGUUCAGAAAGUCACGCCUCCCGUUCUUAAGAGAGUAGAGACCGCCGAAGAGGUGGAGAAAGAAGUCGCUCCAAAACUGACCACCACCACUAAUUUGGGAGCCGAGCCAGAAUCUCCAUUGGCUAGAAAGACAGAGCAAAAGGUCGAGUCUCAAAACCAGUCGAUUCCACGCAGCUUCUCGGCAGUGAAGUCACCCGCCUUCAAGGUUAAGAAAGUAAAUUACGCUCAAGGUACCAAACAUGAAGCUAGGAAUGAAGAGAGUGAACUGGAAGAUGGUGAAGAUUACGAAGAAGAGGACAGAGAAGAAGUGGAAGCUAGACAAAGACAGGAGUACAGGAAGUCUAUGGCAGCCGCAACGUUUAAUUUCGAUCUCUUCGACAUUGAUGAUCCAGAUAACACGUUGACCCAGGUGUUGUUGUAUUUGGAGCAUCAAACUGUCCAAGUGAUUUCUACUAUUCAAGAUUUGUUAUCAGCCAUCAAAAAACCCGAUGCUACUAGAGGCGAAUUGAGAACCAACUCCAAGGCCAUUUCCGAAGUGAUCAGCCAGAUGACGGAAGCCACCAACACGUCGAUGAACCAGACCAGAAACCAUCAGUUGAAGGAGCACGGCAGCUGGGUUGUUAAAAGUUUAGAGGACUGCAACCACCGGAUGUUCACGCUCUGUAGACCCAAUGGUGAGAAGGAAGACCUGGAUUUUGCAGACAAGAACUUCAAGCAGAGACUUGCAGGUAUCUCGUUUGAUAUUGCAAAGUGCACCAAGGAGUUGGUGAAGACCGUGGAGGAGGCGAGCUUGAAGGAGGACAUUGCUCAACUCGAUGCCAGACUCAGUCACCCAGAUGACUUGACUUAA